AUGACACCCAAACCCUCCAGAUUCCACCCUAAUAUCAUCAUUACGGGAACCCCCGGCUGCGGAAAGACGAGUCUUUCCAAGAGUCUCGCCGAAGGUCUCUCCGGAAGCGACUACAAGCACUACAACAUCAGUGAGCUUGCAAAGGAGAGAGAUUGUAUUGAAAGUUACGAUAAGGAGAGAGAUACCGGGGUUGUGGAUGAAGACAAACUUCUAGACAGCUUGGAAAACGAUCUCAGAGAAGGAGGAGCCAUUGUGGACUGGCACUGUUGCGACAUUUUCCCCAAAAGGUUGAUUGAUCUUGUGGUUGUUCUUCGAACCGACAACUCCUUGUUGUAUGACCGUUUGAAGGCCAGAGAGUACAGUGACAAGAAAAUUGACGAGAACAUCGACUGUGAAAUCAUGGAAGUUAUUUUGAACGACGCCAAUCUGGCCUACAACAAGGAGAUUGUCAUUGAGUUGAAGUCCAAUAACGAGGAGGAGAUCAAGGAUAACCAGGCCAGAAUCGAAGCCUGGAUCGAGGCCUGGAAGAAGGACCACAAGGACGGCGCCACCAACGAAAUUAGUGAGUUUUAUGCCGAUGAAAGUGAAGUUGAAGGAGAGGAGGAUUCUGAGGAUUCUGAAGAAAAUGACGAUGAUGAAGAGGAAGCUUCUGCUCUGGAGAGUGAAGAGGAGUCCCCUGACGAGUAUGAGGAUGAGGAGGACGAGGAUGAGCCAGCUCCCAAAAAGAGAAAGAAUAACUGA